AUGUCAGAAGAAGAGAGAGAGCUUUUGGCCCGCAUCAGCCAGGUCGCAGGCCAGAUCAAUCGUCACAAGAACCAGCAUUCAAGCCCUAGAUUCCCGCCGAACUCGCAUCCUGCUCAUCAUCGCCACAACUCGUAUCGACAUGCAAGCUCGCCAUAUCCGGCUCGUAAUAAUCGAAUUGGACGACCGCCCGCAGCGCACCAGCAUAGAACCCUCCAUUUGAAUAACGAUAACUCAAAUGCAUCCCGCUCUGCAAGUAGUGGUGCUGAAACACCACCAGGCUGGGUUUCUCGAACCGAUCGCCACCGGCAGCUUAUUAACGCGAAUGUAUACGAAAGAGACACGCAGAACCGAGCGAAAGCUAUUGAGCAGACACUCCAGAAAAAGAUUAACGGAUACCGACAGCGCGAGAAGUCGCAGUUUAAUGAGUUCUUGAAACAUCAAGCAGCUGCGUCGAGCGCGCAGACUAACCCCGCAGGUCAAAACGAGCUUACAAUCCAAGGCGUCCAAUUUCGUGUGAUGGAUGGCGGAAAGAAACUAGUUAAGAUUCCUGGUACGUGCGGACUCGAAAACGUCGUCGGCCUUUGUGCCUUACCUGUCGCAGGUGCCGCCAACUCAUCCUCUCGAACUCCAAAGACCGCCAGUGUUGCUGGGGUCAAGUUCUUUCGAACAAAGACAGGCAACCUCGUGGCGAGUCGCUUUGUUAAUGACCAGCGGCGAUCUGGCGCGGUCAAGAAGAUUGAUCAACUUUGUAAAAUCUUCUCAACGACUGGCUCAUGCACCAAAGGUCCCCGUUGCCGCUACAUCCAUGAUCCCAACAAGGUUGCUCUCUGUAAAGAUUUCAUGAAAGACGGGCAAUGCGUCAACGGCGAGUUUUGUGAUCUUUCCCAUGACAUGACUCCCGAACGCACCCCGAAUUGUUUGCAUUUCGCCAAGGGCCAUUGUGCCAAGGAUGAUUGUCCCUAUACUCACUCCAGAGCUUCUCCUGCCGCCCCAGUAUGCCGAAGCUUUGGCUUCAACGGCUACUGCGAGAAGGGGGCAGAUUGUACUGAACGCCACGUCUUUGAGUGUCCUGACUUUAGCAAUACCGGCCGAUGUAAGGUCAAGGGAUGUAAACUCCCGCACCGUGAAAGGGCAAGCGUCCUUCGAAACAGGGCCAACGCCGAUGGCGAGCCCCUUGGAGAUAUUUCAAGUGAUGACGAAGCUGCUGAUUCUGACGAUGUUGACUCAGAUGAAGUUGCCGAGUUUAUCGACGCAGAUUCGGACCUUUCCGACUUUGAAGAACAGAAGGAUUUCCUGUCGAUCUGA